AUGCCUAAUCCGAGCCCGCGUCCUUUCUUUCCGUGCUCCUCUUCCAUCUGCGUCGCCAUGGUUGAAGGGGGGCCCAAGCGCGCCGCGAUGCUCGCGACGGGGCGGAUGCCCGACGGCGCGCCCAUCGUCGGCCUCGGCGGGAACUGGAAGUGCGUCCAGGAAUCGUGCGGCAACAUAAACUUUCCUUCGAGGACGGUCUGCAACAAGUGCAAGGCGCCCAAGCCAACGCAGGCGGACCUGGCGGCCAAGGGGAUCGCCGUAGCGGGCGUGCUAACGCCGCGCGUCGGCGGCGUCGGCGGCGUGUCUCCGCACCUCGCCUCCGCGGUCGCCAACCCUGCAGGCGGCUACUACCCGCCUGUGCCUCCGCUCGGGGGUGUGCCGCCGAACGUCAUGCUGCCGCGGCUGGCGGGCUACUGCAGCAUGCCCGGUUUUAGUGGGUAUGGCGAGGGCAUGCCCGGUUUUAGUGGGUACGGCGAGGCCAGCGUCGCGCCGGUUGCGCGCUACCCCUUCGACUUCACCCCCGCGCACUACAACGCGAUGGCACUGGCGCAGCUGCCGCCGCAGCAGCGCGCUGCGGCGGCGGCGAGCGCUGGCCGCUCGAGCUCCGACAUGACCUCGAUGGCGUCGCUCAGCCAGGCGGUGGCCCUGCUGCAGCACAGCGGGGGAGGCGACGGCGAGUCCAGCCCGGCCCUGGCGCAGAGCCGCGACGCGCUUGUGCCUGUGCAGCCUCGCGCCGCCGAUAGCGCUGCCGACGCCGAGCCAGAGGAGGGGAAGGUGCCGCAGGCGGCGUCGCCGCCCGCCGUGCCCGCCGUCGCGCUCGAGGGCGGGGGAGAUGGCGUGAGCGAGGCCAGGAGCGCGAGCAGUCGGCCAGGCAAGGGCGAGGCCAGCCUCGCCGCCGAGGUCGCGGCGUUGCGUGCGCAGGUGACGGACUUGCUCGCCAGGCACACCCGCCUCGCGGGCACAGUCGGAAGGCUGCAGGGAGUCCUCGAGAGGCUGGCUGAGGGGGGUGCGGCUAAGGCGCCCGGACCCAGCGUGGGCGGUUCGUCGAUCUUGGGGAAGCGGUCGGCCGAGGAGGAGGCGGCGGCGGUGCCCCCUCCGGCACAGCGGCCGGCGUAG